CGACAGCGACCGCACGGCUGAUCCACAGGGGCUGAUCCGUCUCGGGAGCGCCCUGCCGGCCAUCGGGCCGCUCGGCCGCCUGGGCCCCGCCGCGCCCGCCGCCGAGGACUGCGCCAGCGCCCGCAUCGAGCUGUCCGUCCCGCGCGUGGGCGAGGUCGGGAUCACGCGGCUCCGCUUCAGCAGCUCCGCGUCGAUGUGCCUGAAGCCGCUGGUGAGCAAGAUCCCCAUCGUCGGGGCGGUGCAGUUCUUCCCCCGCGGUCGGGCCGGCCCGAGCGGAUUUCGAGCUCACGGGGCCCAUGAAGGACCUGGCGAACACGGAGUUCCUGAGGUCCGCACUGCCCAACCUAUCCCCAUCCCCACUGGGCCAUGGCAUCUCGGCCCCACCAGCCGACCC